AUGUACAGGCCGCUGCUCUGUGAUUGGCGCAGCGUGGUGCGUGGUGCUCUGCCAUUGGCCGAAGUCGGUCUCCGUUCAAAGCCUGUGCACAGAGCACUGUCCUCCCGGCUUUUGUCUCCACAGAUCGGCUCCUACACCGUCCUCCAGCGCCCUUUCACCAUGAGGCGUGUUUGGCUCAUAGGGCUCCUUAUUGCACUUUUCGCUUUCGCUGCUGUAAGGGCAGAGGAUGAAGUCGAUGUGGAUGGGACAGUAGAAGAAGAUCUUGGUAAAAGCAGGGAUGGCUCCAGGACAGACGAUGAGGUGGUGCAGAGGGAGGAGGAGGCUAUCCAGCUGGAUGGUUUAAAUGCUUCUCAAAUCAAAGAACUCAGAGAAAAAUCAGAAAAGCACCUCUUCCAAGCUGAGGUCAAUCGCAUGAUGAAGCUGAUCAUUAACUCCCUGUACAAGAACAAAGAAAUCUUCCUCAGAGAAUUGAUUUCCAAUGCCUCAGAUGCUCUGGAUAAGAUUCGCUUGAUGUCUUUGACUAAUGAAGAUGCACUUGCUGCCAACGAAGAGCUGACAAUCAAAAUAAAAUCUGACAAAGAGAAGAACAUGCUCCAUAUCACAGAUACUGGUAUUGGAAUGACCAAAGAAGACCUGGUCAAGAAUUUGGGCACAAUUGCGAAGUCUGGCACGAGCGAGUUUCUCAGCAAAAUGACAGACAUGCAAACUGAAGGCCAGUCUACCUCUGAGCUGAUUGGGCAGUUCGGAGUUGGUUUCUACUCUGCCUUCCUCGUGGCAGACAAAGUUAUUGUUACAUCAAAGCACAACAAUGGCACACAACACAUCUGGGAGUCUGAUUCCAACCAGUUCUCGGUCAUUGAAGACCCCCGUGGAGACACCCUGGGCAGAGGAACAACUAUCUCACUGGUCCUGAAGGAAGAGGCCUCAGACUAUCUUGAACUGGAGACUAUUAAGAACCUUGUCAAAAAAUACUCUCAAUUCAUCAACUUCCCCAUCUAUCUAUGGGCCAGUAAGACUGAAACGGUUGAGGAGCCCAUCGACGAGGAUGCUGAAACUGAAGAACCAGAGAAGGAAGCUGCAGAGGAUGAAGCUGAAGUGGAGGAGGAAGAAGAGGACAAGGACAAGCCAAAGACUAAGAAGGUGGAGAAAACCGUGUGGGAUUGGGAACUCAUGAAUGAUAUCAAGCCCAUCUGGCAGAGACCCGCUAAAGAGGUGGAGGAAGACGAGUACACUGCCUUCUACAAGACUUUCUCUAAGGACAGUGAUGACCCUCUGGCACACAUCCACUUCACUGCUGAGGGAGAAGUCACCUUCAAGUCCAUCCUGUUUGUUCCUGCUGCAGCUCCGCGGGGCCUGUUUGAUGAAUAUGGAUCAAAGAAGAAUGACUACAUCAAGCUGUUUGUCAGAAGAGUGUUCAUCACAGAUGACUUCAAUGACAUGAUGCCAAAGUACCUGAACUUUGUCAAAGGAGUGGUUGAUUCCGAUGAUCUUCCACUGAAUGUAUCCAGAGAGACCCUGCAGCAACACAAACUUCUUAAGGUCAUCCGCAAAAAGCUUGUGCGAAAGACUCUUGAUAUGAUCAAGAAAAUGGCAGAGGAACAAUACAAUGAGAAGUUCUGGAAGGAGUUUGGAACGAACAUCAAGCUGGGAGUGAUUGAGGACCAUUCCAACAGAACACGUUUGGCCAAACUGCUGCGAUUCCAGACUUCUCACAGUGACUCCGUCCAGUCCAGUCUCGAGCAGUAUGUGGAGCGCAUGAAGGAGAAGCAGGAUAAGAUUUACUUUAUGGCUGGAACCAGCAGGAAGGAGGCUGAGUCGUCACCUUUUGUGGAGACGCUGCUGAAGAAGGGCUAUGAAGUGAUUUACCUGACCGAGCCUGUGGACGAGUACUGCAUCCAGGCUCUCCCAGAGUUCGAUGGAAAACGCUUCCAAAACGUCGCCAAAGAAGGUGUGAAGUUUGACGAGGGCGAGAAGACCAAAGAAAAGCGGGAAGCUCUGGAAAAGGAGUUUGAGCCCCUCACCACCUGGCUCAAGGACAGCGCUCUCAAGGAUAAGAUUGAGAAGGCUGUCCUGUCUCAAAGGCUGACAGACUCGCCCUGUGCUCUUGUGGCCAGUCAGUACGGAUGGUCCGGAAACAUGGAGAGGAUCAUGAAGGCCCAGGCCUACCAGACUGGAAAGGAUAUCUCAACAAACUAUUAUGCCAGCCAGAAGAAAACCUUAGAAAUAAACCCCAAACAUCCUCUUAUCAAGCAGAUUCUCAAGCGUGUCAAUGAGAACGCAGAGGACCAGACUGCAUCAGACCUGGCGGUGGUCCUGUUUGAGACCGCCACGCUGCGUUCAGGUUACCAGCUCGCCGACACGAAAGCCUACGGCGACAGGAUAGAGCGCAUGCUUCGACUCAGCAUGAACGUACCGCUGGACGAACAGAUUGAAGAGGAGCCUGAGGAAGAAGAGCCCGCUGAGGAAGACUCUGAAGAUAAAGAAGAAAAUACAGAUGCUGAUGAUGAUGAUGAUGAAGAUGAAACGACACAAGAGGGCAAAGAUGAACUGUGA